UCAUUUGUUUGACUCAAUUUUCUCCCGGUCUUUCAAUUUUUUGAUUAAAUUUUCUAUGAUGAUCCUUAAAUUAAAGAAAUUCUUUUGAUCAAAAUGACCACGAGUGUGAAACGUGAAUUCAUAGCCAAAUCAUAUCGGCUUUUUAAAGUUUUGCAUCAACAUUUAAGCAUUCUGGACAUUGAUUUUCCAACGAAAAGACUUGUUGGUUAUACUGAAUUACAAAUCGUUUCACAAGGUGAUGAAUUGCCAUUCAUUCGUCUAAAUUGUCAACAAUGUAUUAUCGAUUGCAUUUACAUCAAUGAUUAUAUGUGCGAAUUCACUUACAGUGAACCGACAGCGGAUAUUGUACAUUCAUCCGAGAAAAAAGGUGCACGUAAAUUGGACUCUUUUUCCAGUAUUCAUUAUGAUGUAAUAAAAAGCACCGAUUCAGACCUUGGCAACGGUGAAUUGAUCAUCAAAGUUCCCGAAUUAUCCGACAUAAAAUCGUUGAUUCUCGAACGAAAAACAUUUUCCGUCAAUAUUUCGUAUUUUAUCGAAAAUCCCAAAGGUGGAAUAUAUUUUUCUGUACAGGAAACAAAUAAUUCAAAUGAUGAUCGUAACGAUGUACAAGAAGAUCAAUAUAUGCCACAUAUGUUCACCUAUGAACGUUCCAAUUUAUCGCGACUUUGGUUUCCCUGUGUCGACUCAUUUUCCGAGUCAUGUACUUGGACCAUAUUAAUUACUUGUCCUGAAGAUUAUACCGCUAUCUCAUCAGGAGAAUUGGUAGAAGUCGAACACAAUACUUCGAAGAAAAAGAAACGAUUUUAUUAUCACUUGCAAAUACCAACUAGCGCCUCGAACAUUGGUUUAGUUGUUGGAAAGUUCACGCCAAUAGUUCAUCCAGACAUGCACGAAGUGGUUCAUUUUUGUUUUCCGACUUUAAAAUCAUUGUUGUUGGACACUUGCGGUAACACGCAUAGAAUAUUUGAAUAUUAUGAAGACAUGCUUAACACAAGAUAUCCAUAUUCUACCUAUAAACAAGUAUUUGUUGAUAACCUCGAUACCCAAUAUGUUGCUUUUGCUACCUUAUCAAUAUUUUCUAUCAACCUAUUACAUUCGAAACAUAUUAUCGAGCAAGCUUAUGCCACCCGUAAAGUAUUGGCACAGGCUAUUGCUGAACAAUAUUUUGGAUGCUUCAUAUCGAUGCAAUCAUGUCCGGACUCAUGGCUUGUACGUGGGAUCGCUGGUUUUCUUGCUCAUGAUUACUACAAAAAGGCCUUUGGUAAUAAUGAAUAUCGAUAUCAGGUGAAGGAAGCUAUGAAUAAAGUUAUCAACUAUGAGCAACAAUUUCGUCCGAUUGUAUUGGAUCCUUCACACAAAGGCUAUACCGAAAAAGACUAUUUUCAUAUAAAAAAUUUCCACACGUGGUCACCAUUAUAUGAUAAAAUGCAUCGUGUAAAAAGUUUUCUUAUCAUGCGUAUGCUUGAAAACUAUCUUGGUCGUGCUCUCCUAUUACAAGUAUUCAAUAAGAUGUUAUCAUUAGCACAGAGUGCUAUUACGCAAAAAUAUAAUUCAAAUACAUGGCAUCAUUUAUAUGCAUCAACCGGUAGUUUUAUCUGGGCUAUUUCGACUGUAACUGGAAAAAAUAUUGAUACAUUUCUUAAACAAUGGGUAUUUCAAGGUGGUCAUGUAAAAUUAACUGGAUCGUUUGUUUUUCACCGCCGACGAAAUACGGUACAGCUUGAAAUUCGUCAGGUUCAUGUCCAUAAAACGGGUGUUUGGCAAUAUCUUGGACCAUUGAUGAUAUGGUUACAAGAACUGGAUGGAACAUUCAAACACAAUCUACAAAUAGAAGAUAACGUAUCGAAACAUGAUAUUGUUUGCCACUCGAAAAGUCGUCGGAAUAAGAAGAAAAAAAUUCCUCUAUGUACGGGAGAAGAAAUUGACAUGGAUUUAUCAGCAAUGGACCAAGAUUCGCCAGUUUUAUGGCUUCGUAUUGAUCCAGAGAUGAAUUUACUCCGUGAAGUUAUACUCGAGCAACCCGAUUAUCAAUGGCUAUAUCAACUUCGUUACGAACGUGACAUUAUUGCUCAACUUGAAUCAUUGGCCAUACUAGAUAAUUAUUCUACCAAUUCAUCCAUAAGAAAUACCUUGUCAGAGAUUCUUAGCAAUGAUCAGAUAUUUUAUCGUGUUCGAUGUGAAGCUGCAUUUUGCUUGCGAAAAGUUGCCAACAAAGUUGGUUCGCCAUAUAAUGGUCCGCAGACAAUGAUCAAGUUGUUUCGAAAAAUGUUCGGUUCUUCAUCCUGCCAACACAUUGUUCGAAUGAAUAACUUUAGCAAUUUCAAGAUGUAUUUCAUACAAAAAUCAUUAAUCGUUGCUAUGGCCGGUUUAAGAACUGAUCAUGGUAUUUGUCCGCAUGAGAUUUUACGAUUUUUACUCGAUCUAUUUAAAUAUAAUGAUAAUUCGAAAAAUAAGUUUAGUGAUGCUUAUUUUCGAGCGGCCAUGAUCGAUGCAUUGGCCGAAACAGUAACUCCGGUUGCUAUAACACCUAUAUUCAAUUCUAACAAUCUAUCGGAUAUUGUGUCUCAGGAUACAAAAAAUAUUCUCGAAGAAAUUGUUCGAUUUUUCAACCUAGAUAAAUUGCUUCCAUCAUACAAGCAUGUUGUAACUGUUUCGUGUCUAAAAGCAUUUCGUAAUUUGCAAAAAAUGGGUCAUUUACCACCGAAUUCACAAAUUUUUCGUUGCCAUACUUCAACAGCUUGUUUUGUUGAUGUUCGAAAAGCAGCCAUUGAAAUUUUAAUCGAUAUUCUACGUGCGGAAUCACGAAAAGAAGAUCUUGACUUUUUACUCAACCUUGCUAUCAAAGAUCCACAUCCAGCCAUCCGAUAUUUUACUCUGAAAAAAUUAAUCCAUAAUCCACCGUUUUCAAGCAACACUGAAGAAGUACAUCAACUUGAUGUGGAAGAAUUAGUCGAACGUUUAUGGACGCUAAUGAAUUCAUAUUUUUCUUGUCAAUUCAAAUUACGUUGUGCCAUUGUUGAUCUAUAUUUUGUUCUUUAUGGUCGUAAUCGACCUAAAUGCCUUCCUAAACCUGAGUUUUCAUUCGUUUUGAAUCUGAAAGAUAAAAAAGCUUCGGAUGAAAAUUCCGACCAUAACCAAAUGGAUUUAGACAAUUCUAUGUAUGAGAAUCCGUUGUUUACUCCCAAUACAAAUACUGCUCAGAUUUCUAAGCCGACGACUGCUGAAGAACUAUUCGAUAGGAUUAAGGCAGCAGAUAAACCAACCGAACAACAUUAUUCUAAAGUUACCGUUCCUUCAGAGAUGGUAAAAAAUGAAGAAAAUCUUGAUUCAUAUCAGAAAAAUACCGAAAACAUUAUUGCAAAUUCUGAAUCAACGCUUCAAAAUGUAGAUAUAUUGCCAGAAGUUGCGGGAGAUAAUUUCAGUGAACUUCAACAAGAAGGUUCAGUCGGUGAUAAGCGUAAAAAACACUGUAUGGAUGAUAUGGAUCCAUUGCUUGAUUCUGAUGGUGAAAGUGGCGGCGGUGGCCGUGAAGAAGGUGAAGUCCGUACACCAUCAUCCUAUUCUCAUUCAUUACCAACAGCCACUUCAUCAACGAUUCCGACGAUUAGCAUCCGAAUGAAAACUGAUCCAUCGGGCGAUCAUAUUUGUAUAAAAACGACUAACGAACCGAGCGGUUCAGAUUACCUUCAUCAAUCGAUAAAAUCAUUAGUUUCGCCACCGGCUAUUAAGAAACGUAAAGAAGAUAAAGAUCGAUCGUUAAAAAUCGGCGAAGAAAAAGAUAAAAACAACAAAGAUCGACAUCACAAAGAUAAAAAGAAGAAAAAGAAAAAGAAAAAACACAAACAUAAACAUAAGGAUCGACAUUUUGAAAUGGGACAAAGCGCCGAUUGAUUCGAAUUUUUUUCUGUUGAAAACAAGUCAUUUUUUAUAUGUUGAAAGUAUCUGAAUUUUUCGUUUUAAUACAAUGAAAUAUGUAUACAUCAUU